AUGUCUGUUCCUCUCGAGUUCCUCAACGACCUCUCGGCUCCCCCUGCAGGACAGUCCCUCGGCGACCAGCUCGCCGAGGUCGUUACCGACAACGGACGGGUCAACUCGCUUCUCGACUGUCUGGCGACAACCGACAAGCCUGCCCUCUACUCUCCCGACAUGACAAGACCGCCUCUCACCCACGCCAUGCUUCACGACCACGUCAAGAACUUUGCUCUACCCACAUCGGGGCUGCACGAGCGACUCGGUCCCAACGACCGGAUCAUGCUCGCGCUCCCCACAGGUGCGGAAAAUGCGGUCGUCAUCAUGUCGAUCGCCAGCUACCAUACCGGCGCCCCUGUCAACUUCAACUGCACGGCAACUGAGUUGGCGGAGGAUGCGCAUCGCCUGAAGGCGAAGGCGGUCGUCACGACGAGGGACGCGGCGAACCGGUUAGAGUUGCGCAAGCUCCGCUCGGAGCUUGGCGCGGAGAUCAUCUUCGUGCACCCGCGUUCGCUUGGUGCUGCCGGUUUGUACGACAUGUCGAUCAUGACCGACAGCGAGGACGAGGAGGAGUGGGAUCAGAUUAUCUACAACUUCCCUCCCCCGUCCAAGCUCCACUGUCUUACCGACCAGUCUCUGGUCUUGCAUACUUCCGGGACUAGCGGAAAGAAAAAGGUUGUACCUUACAACCUUCGUUGUCUUAUCGUCGGGACUUGCUGUGUCAGCAAGUCUUGGGAUUUGUCCGUCGAGGACGUGAACAUGAACAUGAUGCCGCUAUUCCAUGUUGGCGGUAUCAUCCGCAAUCUGUGGGCCCCGAUGUUUUCGGGUGGUUCCGCGAUUAUGUGCGCCGGUUUCGAUGAUGUUGCUUUUUGGCCUAUUGUUAUGGAGCGUGGUGCUACUUGGUACUACGCCGCUCCCACUAUGCAUCACGCUAUCCUCUCGUCCCGUCCCUCGCACAUCAAGCCACUCAACGAUACCCGCAUUCGCAUGAUUGCCAAUGCAGCGGGUGGUUUGUUGCCGUCUCUCGCGCAGGAGCUGAAGGACACCUUCGGCGCCGUCAUCCUGCCCUCAUACGGCAUGACGGAGUGCAUGCCCAUCGCAUCGCCUCCCACCAACUACCAGCUCGAGCGUCCUGGCUGCUCCGGCAUCGCAUGUGGACCUUACAUGUCCAUCCGCGACCCCUUCAACCUCGAGCGCGAGAUGCCGAUCGGCUCUACCGGCGCGGUCUCCUUCCGUGGCCUGCCCGCGUUCGACGGAUACGAGAAGGAGAUCGGACAGCCCCUCGACACCUCGUCCUUCUCGUCAGCGGGAUGGUUCGACGGCGGUGACAUGGGUUUCAUGGACUCCGACGGCUACCUCUUCAUCACCGGUCGCUCGAAGGAGAUCAUCAACAAGGGUGGCGAGGUCAUCUCGCCGUUCGAGAUCGAGGAGGCCAUCACCGCUCUCGCCAAGGAGCGUGUCAAGUCUACCAUCGCCUUCUCCGUCGAGCACGAGGUCCUCCAGGAGACGAUCGGCGUCGUCAUCGUUCCCCAGCCCGACCAGCCCCGUAUCGGGCUCGGCGAGCUGCUUGACAUCCUCAAGGUCCAGCUUCACCCAUCGAAGUGGCCUUUCGUCAUCGUCUACAUGGACGACUUGCCCAAGAACAACGCCGGCAAGCCGCUCCGCAUCAAGCUCGCACCUCGUCUCGGCAUCCCCGUGAUGACCGACGACACCCCGCUCGUACUCCGGUACUUCGAGGCGACAGCGCCGGACAAGAACGUCCCGCUUUCUGAGCCCAUCCCCUCCACCCGCGUCGUCCCGGAUGUGAAGCUCCUCGAGGAGGAGCUUCUCAAGAUCCACGGAGUGCAGGAGGUCGACAUCCGCAUCUCCGACAUUGGCACCCCCGAGGUGCUCGUCUCCGUCACGCCCAUCUCCGAGCUCGACUCGCACAAGCUCGUGGCGUUGCUUCUCAAGCACGUUCCCGGCUACAGCAUGCCCGACCCGCUGUACGUCUUCGAGAACCUGCUCGAGCGCAAGAAGGACGGGUCCGUCGACUGGGAGUACAUGGAGUCCGAGAUCAAGCGCCGCAACGCGUCCAGCCUGUCUGCGCGUGCCCUGCACGUCCGUGACAUCGUCGCGGAGCUGCUCGACAAGGACGUCGGAACUAUCGCUGGUGAUAGCGACUUCUUCCUCAUCGGCGGCAACUCGCUUCUCCUUGGCCGCCUGGCGCACCACAUCCGCAAGGAUAUGGGUGUCACGCUGAAGGUCUCCGACAUCUUCACCAGCAGUACCAUCAACGGUAUUGCGGACCUCAUCGAGGCCGAAGCGUCUGGCGAGACCGUCCAGGGACGUCGUGGAACCGCUUCUGAGAAGGCGGCGAUCCACCGUUGCAGUAUCUCCUCCAACGCCAGUACGCUCGUCGGUGAAGAGCGGAAGACUCGCUCGCAGACGCACCCCCUGGCUCUCAUCAUCCAGGCGCUGCCUGUGAUCAUCUUCCACCCCAUGAAGACUGCGUUCACGUGGACAGCGCUGUUGUACAUCCUGUCGCGGUUCUCGGGCUUCGUCUCGGUCGGCUACUGGGAGCGUGUCGGCGCACUACUCGCCGCCAUCGUCUCAGCCCGCCUGCUCGCUCGUAUCGUCUGCCCCAUCGCGGCGAUCAUCUUCAAGUGGGUCGUCAUCGGCCGCUACGUGCCUGGCACGUACCGCUACUGGAGCAACUAUCACCUCCGGUGGUGGAUCACGAACCAGUUCGUGCGCAUCGCCGGCCGCGGUGUCUUCGCCAUGCACCCUAGUAUGGAGUUCCUCUACUUCCGUGCCAUGGGUGCGCACAUCGGCAAGAACGUCAAGAUCGAGAAGGGCGCUCGGCUUGCCGAGUUCGACUUGCUUUACCUCGAGGACGGCUGCCGUAUCGACAAGGCCCUCGUCCGUGGCUUCUGCGUUGAGCGCGACGGCUUCUUCCGCCUUGAUCCCAUCGUCGUUGGCAGGAACGCUGCGGUCAACACGUACACCAACAUCAGUCCCGGUGCGAUCAUCCCCGAGGGCGCCGUGUACGGCCCCCACUCCUCCUCGUUUGACGAGCCGUCCCCGGAUGGCUACGACACGCUCAACCGCACGGAGGCGCCGGAGCCUCACUUCCUCAUGAAGCUCCUCUUCGCGUUCCCCAUCAUCUUCGUCGUCAUGUUCAUCUCCUACAUCCCUUGGUUCGCCGCCCUCGCCGGCCUGCUCACGCAGACGAUCGGCUCGGACGGCCUCAGCGACCUGCAGGCGAUCAUCCGUUGGUUCGCGUCGCCGACGCGGAUCGGCUGGCACGUACUUGCCCGCAUUUGCCGCGAGAUCUUCCCGUCCGUAAUUCAGGUGGCCCUCGGGAUCGUCGUCAAGCGCACGCUCGGCUUUCACAGGGAGAUGCCCGUGUCGGAGAUGUCGCAGUGGACGCUCACGCGCCGCUACAUCAACAACACCCUCCUCGACCAGAAGACGAUCAAGAGCGCGUUCGACCUCAUCGGCUCGCACUACGAGACCACCUCGAUGAUCUACCGCGCCAUGGGCGCGAAGAUCGGCAAGCGCGUGUACUGGCCGGGCUCGGGCAUCUUCUGCCCCGACCCCGAGUUGCUCGAGAUCGGCGACAACGUCAUCUUCGGCUCGCGCUCAGAGGUCUUCACCACGGACUCUAUCGGGUCCGCCAGAAUCACCAUCGGUUCUGGGUCGAUGAUUGCGGACCGUGUCGUGCUCAUGCCCGGGGCCAAGGUCGGCCGCAAGGUCGUCAUGGGCUCCGGCGCGCUGGCCAAGCGUGACGGUGAGUACGGAGACGGCUCCGUCUGGAUGGGCAACGACCGCGGCGAGGCUGUCUGCUUCGGUAAGCCCAACAAGGAGACCACCGACGAGGUGCUCUCGACGCCCUUCGGCCGCGCCUUCUACGACCGCGACGCGUCCUACUACGUCUACCCCUACUGGUUGCUACUCAUCGUCUACUUCCUCGUCAGCGCGUUCAGCGCCGGCUACUGGGCGAUGGGCCCCGUCAUCGUCACGCAGAUCGUCAACGCCAUCCGCCGCCUCCACCCCGACCUCGACCUCUUCGACGGGUCCGGCUCGGAGCUCUUCAUCCUCUUCGGCCUCGUCGCCGCCUGCUUCAUCUUCGUGCUUUCCUGCCUGUCCUUCUUCAUCAUGCUCUGGGUCAUCGGCACCAAGUGGAUCAUCAUCGGGCGUCGGCGCGAGGGCCGCUACGACUGGGACCAGAGCUCGUACUGCCAGCGGUGGCAGCUGCACCUCACCGUUGCGCGCCCCGUGCACCGCGGGUUCGACAACGGCGGUAUCCUCGGCGGCAUCAGCGGGUCCGCGUACUACGCAUGGUACCUGCGCGCCCUCGGAGCCACGGUCGGUAACGACUGUGCGCUUUUCGCGGGCGGCAAGGUCGGGCUCAUGACUGAGCCCGACUUGGUUGAGAUGGGCAACAACGUGUCGAUCGACGACUGCUCGGUCGUGGCGCACAUCAACUCGCGCGGCAACUUCUCGCUCAACAAGCUUCGCAUUGGUCAAGGAUCUGCGAUGCGCGCUGGCUCACGUCUGCUCUCCGGAGCGGCGAUGGACGAGUCUUCGAUGCUGUGCGAGCACACGCUCCUCACCUCUGGCGAGACAGCGAUGGCGGGCGCGGCGUACGCUGGAUGGCCCGCACGGCAGCUUGACGACGUCUUCUUCCUCGAGCGCGUGCCCUCGGGCGCGUCUCAGGGCGCGGACAUCCCGCUUGCGCGGGACUACAGCCGCAUGGACCACAUCCGGCGGUCGAUGUCAAUUGCGGUGCGGGACUUCACCGCGGACUCGACGACCGCGGGGUCGUCGGAGAGCGGGGACGCGACCGAGACCGAGAAGGACACGUCGAGCAAGACGGGUCUGAUGGUUUAG